AUGGAACUCCCUAAAAAUCACAUUUUUUACAUAUUCUAUGUCUAGGCAUUUUUUACAUAAUGUCUUUUACUCUGAGCCUCACAAGAACGCAUAGUUAUGAUCCUCCGUACUAACAACAGGCAGGUGAGUAGUGAAAAUCCGAUCGGCCACUGGAAGAUCCCUCUGUCUCUACCGGUGCCUCAUCCCUGUUACAAUUAACCUUUCGAUCCGACUGAAGGGGAAAAGGUGUUGUUUGGUAAUAAUUGGGAAUGGAAAUUAAAAUUGACUUUAUGCAAUGCCUUGAAACGGACAUGAUAAUCAACAUUCUGUUGUGCUUAACUGAUCCCGCUGACCUCGUUCGUGCUGGAGCUGUGUCCCGUUUUUGGCGUCAGUUCAUGAUUGAAAACGGGAUUUCCAAGAAAGUGUGUCUAAGAAAGUUCCCUCAUCUUUCAAGCAUUGCUUGGGUAGUUGAACAAGGUUGUAGACCAUCUGAAUCAUAUGUUGGAUGUACCUCAUGUAUCAAUCCUAAACUGGAGUCCCCAAGAACAGAACAUAAGGUUUAUGCCUCUCUACUUAAAGCCACUCAGACACUGCUAGCAUCAUCUCCAACUGAAUCUAUUGAUCGUGCAAUUGGGGCUUCUAGUACAGACAAUUUUCCUCACGAGAGUAUUAGUAAUACUUUAUAUCCAAGGGAAGCGUAUAUGGGUAGAGCGUCGUACUGGUCCAGUAAAGGGCAGCGUAAUCCUGAUGUGCCGGAGACUUUAAUAUACAAAUUGAAAGCUGACUUUGGGGUUGUAACUGAAUUUAGAAUACAACCUUUUGAAGCAUAUUUUCAACCUGGCAAACCAAUAUACUCAGCAAAGUCUGUACGGUUUCGAGUGGGCCAUCCCAAAUCUCCAACUGAAAUAUCAAGUCUGGAGUUACCUACACAGCAUCCAGUUAAUGAUAAGUUUGUAUGGACCUAUACUUCAAAGGAGUUCCUAAUGACUCAGGAGAGUUGCUUGCAGGCAUUCAAGUUGCCUGAACCUGUUCUUUGCAUUGGUGGAUUUAUACAGAUUGAGCUCAUAGGUAGAGUCCAGACACAAGAAAUGGAUGACUUGUUUUAUAUCUGUGUGAGCCAUGUAAAAGUUGGGGGCAGACCUCUCUCCCCUGGAUUUGAUGUGCAGAUGCUUGAGCAGCAAGAAUCAUCUGGAAAGUUCUCGAUGACUUACAACCAUGAAAUGUUUCAGUGCAUGCUGACGACAUUGGCUGACGGUGAAGAAGACGAUCUUUCUAGACUGUUCGGGCAGGAUGAGAGAAAUGUGGGUUUGUUGGGUUAUCUGUUGGGUGGUGUUCAACAACCAGUUCAUAUGCAUCCAUGGGAGGAUGAUGAUGAGUCUGAUGAGGAAAUGGAGUUUGUAUUGCAGGAUGAUUAGUUAUAAUUUGCAGAAUACUUUUAUGGAUUUUUUAGGGGAGUGUAUUUGUAUUUGUAUUUGUAUUUGUAUUUGUAUUUGUAUUUGUAUUUGUAUUUGUAUUUGUAUUUGUAUUUGUA